AUGCUGCCGUGUGGCGUCCUGAUGGAGAGCGUCGUGCCGCCAGACACCAUGUCCACCCCAGACCCCGCUCCUCCCUGCAAGCGACCCGCCAAUAACAGCGCCGCCCGUGGCACACCAGACUCUACCCGGACAGUGCCCACCCACGGUGCCGGGGGUCCCAGCUUGCCUCUUCCUACUUCUGCUUCCUCUCAGCCCCGAGGGGCACCUAAGAGCAGCAUCUCACCCAUGUCAUCCCCACGCCCACAGAAGAGUACACCACCGAUUUGUGUCUCCCCAACUCCAAAGUUGCCACCACCACCCGCCAGCCCCAGUGGUGGGCGGAGGUCCCCCAUUAGGGGCUCUCCAACGAAGGCUCCGAGCCCCGGCAGUCCUCUGCUGGCCAGAGACCAAAGUUCCCCGGCCAAGGGCACGGGCGCCGCUAAAGGUGGUCAGGCCAAGACCUCCCCGGUUCCUGCCACCACCAUUUCCCAGGCGCCUGCCACCAAGACCUCCCCGGUUCCUGCCACCACCAUUUCCCAGGCGCCUGCCACCAAGACCUCCCCGGUUCCUGCCACCAAAACUUUCCAGGCACCUGCCACCAAGAUCUCCCCGGCUCCUGCCACUACCAUUUCCCAGGCGCCUGCCACCACCAUUUCCCAGGCGCCUGCCACCACCAUUUCCCAGGCGCCUGCCACCACCAUUUCCCAGGCGCCUGCCAUCAAGACCUCCUGGUUCCUGACAUCAAGACCUCCCCUGGUUCCUGACACUAAAACUUCCCAGGCCCCUGCCACCAAAACUUCCCAGGCCCCCUGCCACUAA